AUGGACCCGAGGAGAGCAGAACCGGACCGUGAAAGCCCUGCCACGCUGCACGGGGAGUUCACGGUCACCGGGAACCGAAAAGUCAGGUGUUCCGUGAGUCUAACCGAGAAGGAGCUCAUCGUCCAGAGGCUCACCUCCGCACCUGUGGGGCGAAACAAGGUGGUACUCAGCCUGAAGGACUGCGUCGGCUGCCGGGCUCACCGGGAGGAUGACAACGCGGACCCGGCGGCGUACCUGGUGGUGUACUUUUACCCGCUCAGACGGCGCUGGGUGAGCUCCGGGGUGUCACGGCAGAGAGUGGAGCACAGCUUUCGGCUCGCAGUGCUGCAGGACCCGAGAGACAACCUGGAGGAGGCGGAGAGGUGGGCGAGAGCAGUCCGGGAGCGCAGUGACCGGCAGCAGCACAUAAGAGACGGUGUGUUGAUGAGGAAGUUGUCUCGUCCGUGCCGCAUGAUGCUGCUGGUGAAUCCACAGAGCGGGAAGGGACAGGCUCUCACUCUCUAUAACAACCACAUCCAGCGAAUGCUCAACGAGGCUGGGGUCCAACACACACUCGUCAUCACUGAGCGACAGAAUCACGCCCGAGAGCUGGUGAAAGAGGCUGACCUGUCGCAGUGGGAUGCUUUAGUCAUCAUGUCAGGAGAUGGACUUCUGUUUGAGGUGAUUAAUGGUCUCCUGGAGAGAUCAGACUGGGAGGAGGCCAUCCGGACCCCGCUAGGUAUACUUCCUGGCGGAUCAGGCAAUGCUUUGGCUGCAUCUGUACAUUACUACUCUGGAUCCUCACCGGUAUCCAGUGAGGACCUCCUGGUCAGCUGUGGCUUCCUGCUCUGUAAAGGUCUAGUAUCCCCCAUGGACCUGGUCUCCAUCCAUCUCCCCUCCAGCCCCCGGCUCUUCUCCUUUCUCUCGCUGGCCUGGGGCUUCGUUGCGGACGUUGACAUCGAGAGUGAAAAGUACCGUCACGUCGGAGCUGCCCGGUUCACCGUCGGCACGCUGGUGAGGCUGGCUUCUCUCCGCGUUUACAAGGGCAAGCUGGCGUAUCUGCCCGUCACCGAGGACUGCAACAACCGACGAGGUUUGAGAAAUAAUAUGAGACCGCACCGCAACAAUCAAGCCUCCUCCCUAUGUCCAGCAUCUCCCCCGAACUGCCCGUCCAAAGACUCUCCCCUCCGCAACACCUUCCACAACUCUUGCCACUCCAACAACUCCUUCAAAGUGAGGAGGACGGAGAGCACGCCUUCCAGAAGUGCCACCAAAGCCCUCGCUGGCCCACCUGACUCGCUGUUGCUGCCUCUGGACCAGCCGCUGCCCAGCGACUGGGUGGUGGUGCCAGAGGAAGACUUUGUCCUCAUGCUGGCCAUGUACCAGUCCCACCUGGCAGAGGACCUGCUGGCAGCACCAGGUGCCAUCUCGGAUGACGGCGCCAUCCAUCUAUUCUACGUCAGAGCGGGAAUAUCCCGUACUGCUUUGCUGAGGCUGUUCCUAGCUAUGGAGAAAGGUGCACAUCUGGCUACAAACUGUCAACAUCUGGUGUACACAAAGGUGCGGGCACUCAGGCUGGAGCCGUAUUCACCCAAAGGGAUAAUAACAGUAGAUGGGGAGGUUGUGGAGUACGGGCCACUGCAAGCAGAGGUACACAGAGGGCUGGCGAGAUUAAUCACUGGAUGA